AUGGAGGACCAGACAAACAGACCACAUCGGAAAUCGAAGGAGAAGAAGAAGAAAAAUAGGGAUCAAGCUGGUGCAAAUCCCAAGGCAUUUGCUGUAGCGCAUGCCGGUCGUCUGCAAAAGCAAGCCGCCAGGUCUCAUGAUAUCAAAGAAAAGAGACUUCAUGUCCCUCUUGUGGAUCGCUUGCCCGAAGAGGCGCCUCCGAUUGUUGUUACGGUGGUUGGGCCUCCGGGGGUUGGCAAAACAACCCUCAUCAAAUCCCUCAUUAAGCGUUACACGAAACAGAGGUUAAGCACUCCCGCUGGGCCUCUCACUGUCGUAACCUCGAAACGAAGACGCUUAACAUUUCUCGAAUGCCCCUCCGACUCCCUCGCGAGCAUGAUCGAUGUCGCCAAGAUCGCGGAUAUUGUUCUACUUAUGAUUGAUGGCAAUUAUGGGUUUGAAAUGGAGACUAUGGAAUUUCUCAAUGCGCUGUCUUCAAGCGGCAUGCCGGGAAACGUCUUCGGGAUCCUCACCCAUCUCGACCUCUUCAAGAAACAGAGCACUCUACGUCAAGCGAAGAAACGGUUAAAACAUCGGUUCUGGAGUGAAUUAUACCAGGGGGCGAAGUUGUUCUACCUGUCCGGCGUUAUCAAUGGGAGGUACCCGGAUCGAGAGAUACACAAUCUGUCGCGAUUUCUGUCUGUCAUGAAAAACCCCCGACCGCUUAUAUGGAGAAACUCCCAUCCUUAUUGUUUGGCUGAUCGAUUCCUGGACAUCACACCCCCGACGGCUAUUGAAGAGAAUCCCAAAUGUGAUAGGACAGUUGCUCUAUACGGAUAUCUUCGAGGCACAAAUUUUCCUGCAAUUGGCGCCAGGGUGCAUGUGCCUGGUGUUGGGGAUCUCAGCGUUUCGUCGAUAGAGGCACUCCCUGACCCGUGUCCGACACCUUUCAUGGACCAAGCAAUGGCAAAGGCAACUGGAAAAUCAGGCCGAAGAAGGCUGGGGGAGAAACAAAAACUCUUGUUUGCUCCCAUGUCUGAUGUUGGCGGCGUCCUCGUUGAUAAAGAUGCGGUUUACAUCGAUGUUAAAACAUCUACUUUUGACAGGGACGCAGACAGCGAUGAAGAGAGGGGCCUGGGAGAGCAACUUGUUGUUGGAUUGCAAGGUGAACGAAAGUUACUAGGACAGGCAGAAUCGGGGGUCAGGCUGUUCAGGGAUGGAGAGGCAGUUGCUCAUGUAGGCGAUGGUGAAACGGGGGAAGUUGGGCGAAAGCAGAAAAGAAAGGUCCGAUUCACAGUCGAUCACGAAAAUGGGGCAAACGUCCUGGAGGAUGAAGACGAAGGCUUUGAGUCAGAUGAUUCCGCAGAGGGAAGUGAAGACGGAGAAGGAGAGGAUGGAGAGGAUAUGGAUGUGAUGCCACCGGCGGAUUUUGAGACAAAUUUUAGAGAGAGACAAAAUGGUGCGGCUCAACGUGACGAGGAUGACAUCGCCUUUGCAGACAGUGAUUCUGAUCUUGGAUCAAUAUCCUCGGCCGAGGGCCAGGAACUGGAAAGCGAAGGAGAUUUCGAGUACGAUUCAGACGAGGUUGAUGAUGGAACCUUACGCUGGAAAGAAAAUCUGGCUGCGAAUGCCAAGGCGGCUUUUGGAAAAAGAAUUCCCUACCGUGUUGCUGACCUCACAAGGAUGCUCUAUGACGAGUCAAUAGCCCCUCGGGAUGUUGUAAAACGAUGGACUGGGAAGGAUGCUGAUGAGUCUGGUGAAGGCAAUGAUGGUGCCAACGAAGAAGACGACUUUUUUAAGAAAACUCGCGUGGAAACAGGGGAAACAGAAGACAGGACUAUUCCAGUGUAUGACUACAAGCAACUUGAGAAAAAAUGGGAAGACGAUGACAAUAUCCAAACUAUCCGGCGUCGGUUUGCCCGUGCUAAAGUUUCCAAGGGUGACGGAUCAGGUGAUGAGGAUGGUGGUGAAGACGGCGACAGAGAUGGAGAUUUUGGCACUGAUGGUUCCGAUGAUGAGGGAGACGGUGCGUUCGAGGACCUGGAAACCGGAGAGGUUGUUGGUGGGGAAGAAGAGGAAGAGAAAGAGAAUAGCAAGAGAGUCGAGCCUGAAGAUCUUGAAGCGGAGAGAGAAAGAAAUGCUAAGAAAAAGGAGGAGCUAAGACUUCGUUUCGAAGAAGAGGAUCGCGAAGGUUUUGCGAACGCAAAAGAUGGAGGGGAGAGGCAGGAUGAGGAGCAGUUUGGCGAAGAUGAUUGGUAUGACGAGCAAAAGGCCAAACUCCAAAAGCAGCUUGAUAUCAACCGAGCGGAAUUUGAUGCCCUAGAUGCACUCUCCAGAGCCAGAGCUGAAGGAUACAAAGCUGGGACGUACGCCAGAAUUGUGCUAGAAAACGUGCCGUGCGAGUUCUCGACAAGAUUUAACCCUCGUUUCCCAGUUAUUGUUGGUGGCCUGGCGCCUACAGAAGAUCGAUUUGGCUUUGUCCAAGUCAGAAUUAAAAGACACCGGUGGCAUAAGAAAAUCCUCAAGACCAACGACCCUCUCAUCUUCUCUCUUGGCUGGCGUCGAUUCCAGACCACUCCAGUCUACAGCAUCUCCGAUUCCCGAACACGUAAUCGCAUGUUAAAAUAUACCCCGGAACAUAUGCAUUGUUUUGGCACUUUCUAUGGUCCUCUUGUGGCUCCCAACACAGGCUUUUGCUGCGUCCAAUCAUUUUCGAAUAAGAACCCGGGCUUCCGAAUAGCGGCUACCGGUGUCGUUCUGAAUGUGGACGAGACUACGGAGAUUGUCAAGAAACUCAAACUAACCGGAUACCCGUACAAGAUCUUCCGAAACACAGCCUUCAUCAAGGAUAUGUUUACCUCUGCUCUCGAAAUUGCCAAGUUCGAAGGCGCCAGCAUCCGUACCGUUUCAGGGAUCCGCGGCCAGAUAAAGCGCGCUCUGAGCCGUCCGGAGGGGCAUUUCCGGGCUACGUUUGAAGAUAAAAUCCUCAUGAGCGACAUCGUGUUCUUGCGUGCUUGGUAUCCCGUCAAACCACACCGAUACUACAACCCCGUCACCAACCUUUUGGAUGAAACAGAUGAAGAUGGUUGGAAAGGCAUGCGCUUGACGGGAGAAGUUCGCCGUGAGCAAAACAUCCCAACGCCACUUGAGAAGGACUCUGCAUACAGGCCGAUUGAGCGGGCCACUCGACAUUUCAAUCCCCUCCGAGUCCCUCGCCAGCUGGCUGCGGACCUUCCCUUCAAGUCUCAAAUUACGAAGAUGAGACCUCGUCAAGGUCAAUCAUAUCUCCAAAAACGUGCUGUGGUCUUAGGUGGUGAAGAGAAAAAAGCCCGCGAUCUGUUGCAGAAACUCACCACCAUGCGGAACGAGAAGAUAGCGAAGAGACAAGCGGCGCAGGAAGAGCGGAGGAAGGUUUACCGUGCCAAGGUGGCGGAGAAUGCCGAGAAAAAACAGGAGAGGGAAAAGAGGGAGCGCGAUGAAUAUUGGCAGCGAGAGGGGAAGAAGCGGAAGAACGAUGGCGGAGACGGAGGAAGAGGAGGGAAGAAAAGAAGGUGA